GACUGACGGCUGGCUCUGCUUAUAUGAGAGACGUGAACAGCUCUCUCUCUCAUAUCUCGUACUCUCUCUCAUCUCAGUAUAUUCCUCUCGGCGGCUCAGAUGCGGCUCGCUCUACAAUCUCAGCUCCAACUCUUUCAAAUAAACUUCAAUCUCUGUAUCUUCCCUCCAUUUUUCAUCCUCUCUGAUCGAUUGAUCACCAACGCCUAGAACUCCAUUUACGCGACCUCGGAUUCUCUUGAUCCGGGUUCUCAAUCUGUCUCGCAGCAUGAAAUUGGAUGCCUCAGUUUGAAUUCGGUCGCUUCUUUUCUGUAUUAGCUUCUAAUUUGGUUUUUGAGUUUCAAACAGAUUAAGAAUCGGUUGCAGCUCGAAAUGUGAUGGAUUGGGGUUUUAACAAUUCAUACAGUAAUCAGUCGCUGAAAGGUUGUGAAGUCAUCGAAGCUUGCUCCCUUGGUUCUUUUGAGCUCGGGCAUUUGAUUUCGGAUUGAAGAACAUGCUUUAUAGUGUAAUUUCACUUUUAGGAAUCUCGAAGAAUUAGACUUUAUGCAUAUUUAAGUGCAAUAUAUAAGAAGAAGAAGAAGAAGAAGAAGAAGAAGAAGAAGAAGAAGAAGAAGAAAUUGUUCGAACUGAGAUCACUUGAAUGCAUUAUUAGAAGGGGAAUGAGCCUUUGAAGACAGAUAUUAGUGCAAUGAAGUGGAAAUGUAGCAGUGCUUCUUGUUUUAAAAUGGUUAAAGUUGCGUUAUACACUUCAAUGAAGAUUCCUUUUUUAUUUUGUAGUGGAUAUGGAUCCGAAGUCUCUGGGGGCGAUGAGUGCAGCAGUCAUCCCCCCAAUUGAUCCAUCUGAUAUUGGGUUGGGUUCUAUGGAGAAGGGGAGUUCCGUUCCUAAUACAAAGCCCAGGAAAAAGACCAUGACCUCGGUAUAUCUUAAAUAUUUUGAAACAGUGAUGGAUGGGAAGAGUCGAAGGUGCAAAUUCUGCGGCCAAAGCUAUUCUAUUGCCACUGCAACAGGCAAUUUGGGGAGGCAUCUCAGCAAUCGACAUCCAGGAUACGAUAAGAUGGGGGAGUGCUCCACCAGCCCUGCUCCACAGCCUGUCACCAUUGCUAAGAAAUCUCAACUGCCAACUAAAUUGCCUGCCGUGGAGGUUGACCACUUGAACUGGUUGCUUGUUAAGUGGCUCCUUGUAGCAUCCCUUCCUUCUUCUACUUUGGCAGAAAGGUGGCUGGCAAACACAUUUAAGUUUCUGAAUCCGUCUUUUGAGCUUUGGAAUGUGGAGAAAUUCCACAAAGUGCUGCACGAAGUUUUCAGAAGCAUGCAGGAGACUGUGAGACUAACUCUGGAGCAGGUUUCUUCCAAAGUUUCUAUAAGUCUUGAUUCCUGGACUUCAUAUCAGCAAAUUAACUACAUGAGUGUUUCGUGUCAGUGGAUUGAUGAAAGCUGGUCCUUCCAAAAUGUUCUUCUUGAUGUUUGUCACAUUCCAAGCCCUUGUGAGAGUUCUGACAUCUAUUAUGUUUUGUUGAAAGUUCUAAGAUUGUACAAUCUUGAGACUAAGAUUCUCUCAUGUACCCUGAAAGGCGACAUGGACAGUCAGAAACUGUCUACCUUAUUUUGUGUUCCUUGUGCUGCUUAUACUCUUAAUUCAAUUGUAACUGAUGGGUUAAGAAGUACAGAACAUGUGAUUAUUAAGAUCAGGGAGUUUGUUAUGGAACUGAAUUCAUCACCAGAAAUGUCUGAGGAUUUCGUUCAGUUUACUACAGCAUACCAUGAAGGAAACUGGCAGUUCCCACUUGAUGCCUCAUCUCGGUGGAGUGGAAACUAUCAGAUGCUUGAUAUAGCACGGAAGGCUGGUAAGUCGAUGGAAACUGUAGUCAGGAAGCACGAAGAACAAUUGGGUAGAAGGUUGCUGCUCAAUACUGCAGAGAAAAAUGUUGUUAACAUCAUGCACAAGUAUUUUGAACCCUUUUAUAAGACCAUAAACGAUAUGUGCAUGAGUAAAUUGCUCCCAGUAGGUAUGGCUCUCUUUUUCAUGGAUCAUAUCUCUGAGACAAUAUUGGCCUGCAAAGACUCGAGGCAAACCCCUGAAUGGCUCAAGAAAGCUGCUGAAGAUAUGUAUGCCAAAGUGCAAUACUAUAGCAACCAGGUCUGCAAUGCGUUCAUAUACAUGACUGCGGUUCUUGAUCCCCGGAUAAAGGUUGAGCUCAUUCCCGAGUAUCUCAACUUAGAAAACUACAUGGAGGAGGCUAGAAAUCAUUUCAUCAGAAAUUACUCCGCCCCCUAUUUUUCAUCUGUCGGCAACUCAUACACUACUCAGGAUCCAGAGGACAGAGGGAAUGCAUCUUUUGCAGAGGAAAUUGCUCGUAAGAAAAGGAGGGCCACCAUGAGUUCCACUACCGAUGAGCUUACGCAGUACUUGUCUGAGCCCCCCGUUCCGAUGCAAACAGAUGCUCUCGACUGGUGGAAGGUGAACAGCUCUAGGUAUCCAAGGUUGUCUUUGAUGGCUCGUGAUUUUCUUGCUGUGCAAUCGACCGUGUCAUUGCCUGAGCACAUAUUCUGUGCCAAGGGUAAUGAAAUCGAUAGACAGAGGUCCUCCAUAUCACAACAUGAUACACAAGCUUUGCUCUGUGUGAAUUCAUGGAUGCAAAACGGGAUUAAGCUGAAGCAUAAAUCUACUGAGAUUGACAGUGAAAGGAUAGUGGAGCUGCAAGUUGCUUCAGCAACAGAGAGUAGCAGUAGGAGAUUUGAAAAGAAGCAAGUGUUAUGAAUCAGACUAGUGUAUCAUUGAUAAUGCAGUAUGUACAGGUCAGGGUUGAUGCAAGGAUCAUUAUUGAAUACGGGCACCACCUAUAGUUGCGGCUGCAGCUACAGCUGCCUGACCAUGGUUAGUUCAGUGAUUGCUAAUUUAUGCGUUUCAUAAUAUUGCUUAUCUGAAUUUUUUUUGGUUAUGGUAUAUUCAAGCUCUUCAAUCUGAA